ACAGUGGUUUGGUAUACAUAUGGUGAUACUAGUUUAGAUAAGAAAUAUUUUGUUUAUGUGUUAGUUACUAGGCUAAUUAUGAGGAGUUGAUCAAUUGCUAAGGCCCGUAGAUAUAGCGCUGCACAUGCACAAGAGUGGCCAAAUGUACGAAUAAUGAAUUUCAUGGUCGGUUAGAGCGGAUUUCCUUCAUAUCAAAAUACGUUGCCAUGCUAAUUUGUUAGUCAUUUAUCAACUACCAAACGCCGUCUGGAGUAUAGUAUGUUAGAGCCAGUCUUAAACGGCACAACAGAGUUGUCCUGGGUUACGGUGGAAACAUGUCGUGUAAAGUACAAUUCUAUAUAAACUAUCAGUUCCAUUGUUUACACUGCCCGUAUUAAUAGUUUAAUUUUUAAUAGUACAUUCACUCAACUGUAGGUCUAAAAUUACAUGUUCUAUUGGUACAAUCAUACAGUUGACAUGAAUGAGUCAUCGGUCCUAAAUAAAAAUGUGUAUAUUUCAUGUAACGGUGAGGCCGCACUGGUUUGAUCACAUGGAUGACAUCCUCUUAGCACCCCAAAACUGAUUCGGGCAUGCGAUAAAACGUUGGGCAAAAAAAGACGACUUCAGUUGUCUUCAUUAUGGAAUCUAAGAAAAACUGAAUACACAGAACAUGAUGAACCAAAUAAUAAGUUAUAUAUUUUUUAAGACUUUGCUCGGACUUUCUUUGGACACGAAGAACAUCUUCAGCCAUAUUUUACCGAUAGAUAUGGCAAAGAAUUACAAUUGGAAUAAUUACGACAUCUUGUGCGUUUUCUGAUACUUUUUGGUGACUUAGCAGGAAUCAAGCAGAACCAGUCGGAAUGAAGUAUUUGCAAAAUUCGUGCUACAUUCGGGUGGGAAUUCCAAAUGGACCUUAUAUCCCCAUAUAUUUGCUCGUUUUGCAGCUUCAUUGUACGAUUCACCGUACAAAUAAAGAAGGUCUAGGUGGGUGGAUAGCAGUGGUGUUUGGUUUGUGGGUAGGUCUUGGGAAGAUGAAGGUCAUGGUCGAUUUAGAAAUUAUCUCUUGCACAGUAACAGGGCUUCCGUUUUUCGUAUCUUUUAUCCUGGGCAUGAUAUGCUCAUAUUUUUGUUUGAAAAAUGUAACCUAGCCACGCAUUACAGGACUGUGUUUCUAGUAAGAAAAAACUCUUUAUCUGCACGGGCUGUGUUAUCAAACUGCAGAAACGUACCAUUAACUCUUACAACACGCUAUCAAUACAAGACGUCAUUACUUGCGUUACUUAGGAUAAACUGUACAUAUAGUCACUAUAUCGUAACCUGCCGUGAGGUUUGGGUGCCAAAGUCAGCGGUAUGAAUAUCCACAUUCUGUUCAUCAUUUCUCUGCUUUCCAAACAAGUGGCGGCUAUAGACUGUUCCCAGUGCACGUUCCCGGACACGCAGAACCCUGAUGACGUCACAUGCAUCACCAGCCCCCCAGCGGCCACCUCCUGUCCCCCCAACACCACGCGGUGUGAGGCCGCCGUCAGCGCCAGCAUGAGGGGUGGCGCCCUGCCCAUCGUUCUGAGUUUCAGGCGCAUGUGCAGCAGUGUUCAGGGUAACCAGGGAUGUGCGCAGGCUCAGAACACACAAGAGUGCCAGACGACCUGCGGCACGGACGGCUGCCUGCCGGAUGACCCUACUGACGCCAUCAGAGAUGACACCUGUAGCGGCACGGCUCAGGGCGGGGGCGGUGGUGCAGGUGGGGGCGCCAACCAGAACACCGGCAACGGGACGCAACAGGCUGGAGCCGGGAGUAAUGGUGGUGUCAUUCCUGAAAGCAGCAUGAUUACCAUGACUACCAUCACCAUGGUUAUUGUGAGAUCAACAUCAACAACAUAAGCAAGUUCUUCUACAGCCUUUCAAGAUUGCGUAACUGUGUCUCACGUGGCAAAUGUAGGUCUUGUUAGCAAAUGACGUUGCUUGGAGCAAUGUGUAAGUACAAGACAGCAAUGCAAAUGUAGGAACAAUGCAGUGUCUUGCAAGAGAAGACUUUCAACACAUUCAGGGAAUCUUUUGCAUUCUCAUUUUUCGCAAUUCGUUGUACGUUGCUCAGCAAAAUGACGUUUGUAUAUUCAAGGAAUUUUUAAAAACUCCUUGUUUUUUUCUUUACAUGUUAAGCUAAUUCCCUGUGAGAUGAAGACCAACAGUAGGCCUUCAAUACACACAUUAACAUAUCCAUUGUAGUGUAUUAAAAACUUUUGAAAACAUGGGAACUGAGGUGUAUAGUUUCAUGUUUCUUGUU